GAGUGGUUUUUCUCUUCUCAAAGCACUAGCGGGCAGCGGCGGCACCGCCGGUCUGUAAUUUACCUAGGGUUUCGAUUCUUCUGCAUUUCUCUCAAUUGGUCUUUUGAUCCUUUGCGAGAAAUAAUCAUUCAUGAGGGUUUACCCGGUGAAUGCGAUGGCCGGCGGGUGCAAGAAGCUCCGGCGACUUCCUCAUGUGUUCAGCAAGAUGAUUGAGCUCCCAUUUGGGGCCGACGCAGACGUCUACAUUGAGGAGGACACCACCAUGUUCCGGUUCUUUGCGGCGGCUGACGGCUUGAGCGGCGGGGUUCGGGCUCACGCGGUGGUUGUUCAUCCCGGAGUGAUGAAGGUUGUGGUAGUUGACGGAGCCGGCGCCGGCGCCGGCGAAGGAGACUUUGGGGAGGAUGAGCUUGAGUUCGAUCGUUGGAGGUUUCGGUUGCCACCGUCGACUUUGCCUAGGCUUGCGACGGCUGAGUAUGUAGAUGGAGAGUUGAUCGUGACGGUUCCGAAGGGUGAUGGGCCGGAGGAGCAUGAGCAGUAUUUUGAAGAAGGGAAUGGGGGUUUCAAUGGAUCCGCAGCGGGUCAGCUUGUUGUAGUACAGUAAUUUUCUUUCAUUUUCCGUUAUUUUCGUCGCGUUUGUGUUGAAAGGUCCAUUUCCCCGUGCUCUAUAAUUAUAAUAAUAAGGGCCCCGAAUAAAAAAAAGGGUAGAUUUUUUUUUUCUUUAUCAAAUAUUUUAUUCAGUUCCUAUCUCCGGGGGAAAUGCUGCGAUUAGGAAAAACUGAAAGGUGUGUUCUGGCUUCUAUUUCCUCUGGAAUGAACUGAACUCAUCAACUGUCAAAUGAGAUAUCAUCGCUUCACUUGGUAGCUAAAGCUCCUGAGAGAGUUUUGUUACUAUUAGGCUCUGUUUGGUUUGAAGAAACUAAAAUGGAGGACAUGAAAAGGUAAAAAGGAGCUCGAAGUGAUAUGAGUAAAUUGAAAAUAGUUUUCAGUCAAAACUUUUGUUGAGCA